AUGGGCCUCCCUGAAUUAAAAGUUAAACAAGAUGUUAAUAACCGGUGGAAUUCAAGUUUAAUUAUGAUUGAGAGGCUCAUUAAAAUUAAAGAUCCAUUAUCUGCUGCAAUAUCAUCGCUUCGUCGAGCUCCAAAUGGUUUAACAGCAAUAGAGUGGGAUAUAAUAGCCGAUUGUGUUAAAAUAUUGAAACCUUUUGAAAGUAUGACAUCAGAAUUAUCCGGAGAAAAGUACCCGACAUUAUCAUUAGUAAUACCACUAAUAAGAGGUCUUCAGUUUAUGGUAAAAAAUAUAAAACCUGAGACUGAUGCUGGAAUAUUAUUACAAAAUUCAUUAUUAGAUAUAGUCGCGAGGCGCUUAGGAAUCUUAGAGAAAAAUAAAAUAGUAGCUAAAUCAACUUUUUUAGAUCCGAGAUUUAAAAAAACCGGAUUUGGAUUAGCUGAUAAUGCUGAGAACGCUCAAAAAUGGAUAAUUGAAGAGCUUACUUCAAUUAUUUGUCUUAAAAAUGAAGAUCAUAAUAAUAUAACAGAAACAUCUGCACCAGCAACUGAGCCUUCUAAUUCUUUAUGGGAAUAUUUCGACACUAAGUUAUCUGAAGUCAGAAGUGUUAUUAACCCAGAAGUAAAUGCAACAUUAAUUGUUCGUCAAUAUAUCGAAAUAUCACAUUAA